UUUGCAUUUAAGUAGUCCUUGUACCAUUGUUUUUGAACACCCGUGGUCCUUCGACUGACUUCCGUUAGAGCGUGCAUUCAAACUAGCCUAACGUCGUUAAGUUUUUUCCACAUCAGCAGCUUAUGUGGAGUUUAUUCACACCUGAAAUUACACGUGGACUCCACCUAGGCGGAUUAUAAUUAUACGGGUUUGGUUUAUUUGAUAAACGGGUUAGGUUGGAAUUGGGUUAAUUUUCUAUCUUUCCUUCUUCCGUUUCUGUUAGGUCAGUUUCUUCUUCCAUUUUUGUUAAUUUCUUUCUUUCCUUCUUUCAUUUGUUUCCUUCAUCUUCCAUUUUUGCUUGAUCUCUACCUAGUAAUGACGAAGGAGGGAUCAUACGAUGGCAUACCUCCACUGAACAAAAUGGAAAAUUGUUUUUGUGGACGAGGUGCUCGCGUUUUCGUUUCAUGGACUGACAAAAAUCCAGGCCGUCGUUUCUUCCGUUGCGCCGAUAAACAGGGGAGCCAGUGUAAAUACUUUAGUUGGAUUGAUGACAUAUACAGUGAACAUAUCAACCAUUUGCUUAUUACACUGAAGAGAGAUAACUCCCAUUUGGUUGAAGAGGUGUUUCGUCUGAAAUGGCUAAAUGAGAGAGCGGCUACUGCAGAUUUCUUGGAAAUGGAAAGUGAUAUUUAAAAGAGACAAUAAAGCAACAUGAAGAGGAUGUUAAGGAGUUGAAGGAGCUUAGAAAAUUAAAGGAUAUGUGCAAAAUGGUGUGUGGUGUUGUAGCUGCUGUUUUGCUAUUAAUCAUAUUGAAGAAAUUUUAGAUUGUUGUGUGGCUGUAAUAGGACUAUUAAAUAUGUAAUUUGGUAGUUAAAUGUACUCUCACUAGCUAUUUUUC